UUUUUUUUUCCAUCUUGAAAAAGACAGACUAAAUAGUAGUAAAAAAACAGCAGAAAUGGACACCUCAAUCACAUCCAUCAAGCCCUACUUUCAACCACCUGCGCGCAACGAAAAGAGCGCACCUGAAUCACCGACCAUUCAGAAGACGAUCCAGGCCCUUCAACUACAGCCUCACCCCGAGGGAGGCUAUUACAGCGAAACCGAUCGCCACCCGCUCCGGAUUCCAAAUCCCUAUCGUGACGACACGGACAACAGCAAGACAGUGAUGGAGCCAGAUGCUGAGAAAGCUACCCGGUCAGCGAGCACUACGAUCUACUACUUCAUCACGCCCCGGUCGCCGAUGGGGUAUUUCCAUCGCAACAGGAGUCGCACGGUACAUACCCUUCAUCGUGGCCGAGGGCGGUACGUCAUCAUACAUGCCGACCAGGCGAAGGAGAAUGGAGGGAAAGCGCCCAUUGAAUCGUUUGUGGUGGGCCAUCGGAUUGAGAAGGGAGAGCGACUGCAAUGGGUGGUGGAGGGCGGAAAGUAUAAGUCCAGCUAUUUGUUGCCGGAUUCCGAUGGCGAUUUGCCUGACGAUAACAAGUCAGAAGGGUUGUUAAUCAGCGAGACCGUUGUUCCAGGAUUUGAGUUCUAUGACCAUGACUUCCUGCCAGCAGAGAAGAUGGAACAGCUACUGACUCCUGAACAAGUGGAGGAGCUGAAGUGGAUGGCGAGAAAGAGCUGAGACCAUGUAUAAUGCAGGGAGAGCGCCCUAUCCUAUGUGCUAU